AGUGUGACUGAAACAUUCGGGGGUACAAUAGCUGUAUCAAUGGUGUUUACAAUUCAGUCAAUGAAAUGAACGAUGUAAAUAAACAUCACAAGGCAAUACUCUCCUGCUAUUGAGUGUUUCUCUUCGUUUUUGAAAUUCAGUGAGCGGCGAUAGAUAUAUACGGAAAAACAGCAACGUGUUUUAUUCUGACCGUUUGAACGGAAUUGAUUGAAAGAGAAAAAAAAGAAUACGAAAAAAAGAGAGCAACAUUAAAGCGGUAUAGACACAACACUGAUAAAUACAUUUUAUUGAGUGUAUUUUUUCAAUUAAAUUGUUUCGUUUCGUUUGGUUGAGUUUUAUUUUUCUCGCCUCGUCUUCAUAUUCUUUGGCAACAAACAAACAUUAAAGACAAUAACAAACGUGUCGAGAUAAAGCGACGAAAGCAAAAAAAAAAAUAGUCAUCAACGAUCAGUUGACUCAUUUUGGACGAUGUCGAUUUGAGUCUGUUAAUUUCCUUUUUGUUUUCCGUUUUCAUUUAUUGGAUUCAUUUAUCUGCGAACACACAACAAGUAUGAGAUUCCUGCUGAAAGUUAAUAUUUGAACAAUCAAUCCGGUGAAAAUUUGCUAAGUGAAACAAAUAGAACGAUUGUCGUAUUGUUUUUUUUUUCUUCCCUCCAUUUCUGCUAAGAAUUCAAGACACAUAACGAUAUAGAUAUAUCUUAUACACAUCGAUAAAAACAGCACUUUUUCUUCAGUCAGUCAGUGAGUUUUUGUUCGUUUUAUUUUCGUCGGUUUUUGUUCGCACAACAGUCUCUCUCGCGCGCGCCGCGUUCAUGACAACGAUCAUUACAAGCAAUAUUCGAAAAGUUCAUACAAUUAGUGCGUUAAAAGAACAACAAACAGCUGCAAAUUAAGUGUUUAAGUUUUGCCGAAAACUCUCCAUUCCAACAUUGUGUGCUACGACGAGGCAAACCAGAGAGUGAGAGAAAGAGUGAGUGAGUCGAUACUCGCGGAAACUUUACGAUUUUACCAACCGAAAAUUUUCUAUUUGACUUGAGUUGUUCAGUUUUCUGCAAAACGUUCAAGUGAUCACUGCCACGCGAUUGCCGAGCGCAACAUAACUUCAACACUCCUUGUUACGCUGCUAGUUUGCUCGCUCGUUCGUUCGUUCGUUUGCUUACUUGUUUGUUUGCCCAUAUUCCAUCUUGUCGACUGCCAAAAGUUUCCCAGUUUUUUUUUCGCCAUUCCUUUCGGUGUGCUGUAAAACAAAUAACCACGGAUAAAGAACAAUGAUUUAAAGACAGUUUUAAUGGCGUACACAAUACAACAACACGAAUAAUAAUCAUAAUAAUAAUAAUAGAAAAAAAACAGUUCAUUGCAGCACAUAAUUCGCGGACGAAACGAACAUACGGACAAAAAAAUUAUACGAACGAGAUUGCAUUAUUUAUUGUUUUGUGCCAUUCAUAAUACCUUACGGAGAAGAAGAAAAAAGGAAGAGGAAGAGCGAUUCGCAUGCGAGAGACGAAAACAACAAAAAUUUAUACAUUACCCAGUUCUUAUUUAAUAUGCAAUCCGACAAAAAAAAAAACAUACAAACAAUUUAUAUAGUUGAAAUUCAUUAACAGUACAUGGCCCACACUCUCUCUCGCUAACGCUCACGAUCAAAUGAAUAUUGGCCGGAAAAUACAGAACUUUUGCAUACUUAAUUGAAUACUUAAAAACAAAUAAAUUUUCCACGAAAAUUCAAACUGAAAAACCGCCCCGGAUUUCUGUUGGCAUUUCGCACAUUCGUCGAGAGAGAUAGAGAGACUACGGAACAAACUGAAAUUAAGAUAAACGAAGUUUCAAUAAUAAACACAAGUGAUACAAACGGAAAUUUUUUAAUUCAUAAUUUAAAUUUACGGAGAAAAAAAAAGACCAGAAACGUUGGACACUUCUGAUUGAAAAAUUCGAGGAAAAAAAAAGAGAAAAACAAAUCAAUAGCAGAAACUUACGAGAACUUUUUGACUGCUGCAGUUCGUGUUGACACGAAAAAAACGACAAAGAGUACGAGAUUGCGAGAAACGGAGACUUUCUCUUCUUUUUUGACCAUGGCGAAGCAGCACGGUGAACGCGGAAGGAUGACUAUAACUUUCCUUUUGGCUAUUUGUAUUUCGCUCAUCAAUAAAGGUGCGAUAGCGUCACCACGAUAUCAAGAGAACUUUUUCGAUGAAGACAAUCAUUCGCCAGGAUUUUUAACCAUCGGCCAAAAGUACAGCAUUGCCAUCGGUUCGACUGUUGUGUUGCCGUGUAAAAUCAACGAAACAGAGCACACGGGUCAUGUGCUUGCUUGGAAGCAUGGAAUCGCUGUGCUAACGGCUGGCGAUGUUAAGGUAACGAGUAAUCCGCGCAUUCGGUUGAUGCCACCGCAGCAAGGGAUCAUCGAUACAUCAGCCCGUGCAUCGCAUUCAAACAGCUACAAUUUGGAGAUUCAAAAUGUGCGGAUGACCGAUGCCGGUGACUAUGCUUGCCAAAUUGGAUCCAUCGUACCCAAGGAAAUUGUUCACAGCUUAGAGGUUUUGGUGCCACCAAAAAUCGAUUAUGUCGCACCAUCAACCCGUGUGGAUGUUCCGAAAGGUGCAUCAAUUAAACUGGAAUGCCGUGCAAGUGGAAACCCUUUGCCAAAGGUGUAUUGGACUCGCAAAAAUAAUGUGCUGCCAAACGGUGAGCCAAACUCGACCAACAACAUUCUAGAGAUGAUGCACGCAGAUCGACACACCGUUGGACAUUACCGAUGCACGGCCGAUAAUCGAGUUGGUCAACCCGAUGGUCGUGAUAUUUUUGUCAACGUUUUAUAUGCGCCGGAAAUUGAAGUCGAGCGUCCAUUUGUGCACACUGGUGUUGGGCAUGAGGCUCAAUUGAUUUGUGUCGUACACGCUGAACCACAAGCUCAUGUCAUUUGGUACAAGGAAACCACUCAAAUUGGAACAACCGAACAGCUCUCACAACAGAGUCGCGGCAAUCGACACACGCUCACCAUUCGAAAUGUCACCUACAACGAUUUGGGAAAUUAUACGUGCCAAGCAUCGAAUAACUUGGGCAAGGAUCGUGCAUCACUCACUCUCAGCGGAAUUCCAUCGGUUUGCACAUUUGAUUCGCCAACACUCAGCAAUCAUCGUGAUCAAUACAAUAUAACGUGGGUGGUGCAGAGUUAUGCACCAAUUCUCGAAUAUCGAUUGUUCUACCGAAAGCAGACAGCCAACGGAAAUGUGAAUCCAACCAGUAACAACGAUGUCAUCCACUACGAAAAAUACCCAAACAAUCACAAUAAUUUUCUAUCAACGUCACAAUUUCAUGGCGUAUACGAGCGUCACGCCGCUGAAUGGGAAAAUAUUGUUAUUCCGCAAAUGCAUCAUCAGUAUAGUAAUCAACCAAUUCAUCCGUAUCAACACAUGACAAAUAACCACAAUUCACGUCACAGAAUGUCAUACCUAAUUAAAAGUCUAGCACCAUCAUCAAACUAUGAGGCACGGGUACAAGCACGCAACGAUCAUGGCUGGAACAAACUUUCGAGCAUUUUUCAUUUUUCAACACGAGCGGAAGACUUGGAAAUGGAACCAUCUGCACAGCCAGCCGUAGCUAAGACUGCCGGUGUAUUUGAUAAAGAUGCCCACAGCCGUUCAUCAGUAAUAGUCAAAUCGUUGACCAAAAAAUUCUCCAUUUUCAUAUGCGUUUUGAGCAUAGCACUCUGCUUAUGAUCCAUUUAACUAAUUUUCAUAAAUCUUAGAGUUGUAUAAAUUUCGCUGAGAGAGAGAGAUAGAGUGGAGACACAGAAGGAAGAAAUGAGCAAAGAGAUGAAAAAAAAAUCAAGUUGAAUGGAUGCCAUCAUGUGAAAAGAAAAAAAACUGUUUGCACACAGGAAUGAAAGAAGCAAAAGAAAAAUUGGUCGUCUGUUCUGCAGAAUUUAUUUCGAUACAAAGCACUUUAGACACUGGCAUUCUUUUACUUUAUGAACGACAAAAAGGAAAAUCAACUAAACGAAGAUUUAAUAUUUAGUGCGCUUUAUUGUUUUAUGUCCGCAACAAGAACAAAAAAAAUGGUUUUAAAUCAGCCAUAUAUGUAUGCUUUACUCAUCACAACACACAUUUGUAUCGAAAUAAAUGAAAACGAAGCUUGAAGAGAACCGAAGCAACCCACUUGACAUUUUUCCUGUUUGCAAACAACCAAAAAAAAAACACACACACAAACACAAACAUAUACAAAGCGACAUACAAGAGGAGCCCAAACAGAGUGCACACAUAAAUUCAACCAGGAUUCCACUAAAUAUAAUCAACAAAGUAACUAUAAUUUAGAGUUAAACUUUGAUUUUUGUGUAGCUGAAAAAAAUGAGAGAGAGAGAGAGAGAGAGAGAGAGAGAGAGAGAGAGCGAGAACGGAAAAGGUCAUAUUUUUGGCUGAUGGAGGAUUUGAAGAGAGGGAUGGUGAAGAGAAUUUUGUAUAAAAUUUAGAUUGAAGCACAUUGAAAAUACUCAAAGGUAGAAGCUAGCAAUGUCCUGUGGAUGAAACAACAUCAAACAAUCUUUGGCCAACUUGGUUGCUGUGUGUGCCUGUGCAUUUUCCGGGUGCGCCUACGAAGAAAAAAACAUGAAACACAAACGAAGCAUAUUGGAGCCAGAGGUCCCAGGAGUGCAAAGAGAAAACUAUAGAGGGAUCGCAAAGACAAUUUGAAAUUUGCUAUCUUUAAUCGAUAUUUAAAAGAAAUGAAGAUAAUUUUUUUUCUGACUAGUCGCCACUUAAAUUAGCUAAGACUUCACACAAAAAUGUAUAUUUUGAUUUAGGCUAUAUGAUAGGUCGCUUUUGCGUACAAACUGUUUCGGUUUUCUGCCCAUGAAUAUUGGACAAGUAGCAAAGUGCAAUUGAACUGAAAACUGCUUUGCUUCCCACCAAAAAUAGAAACUAUUUCAAUUCAACGAACCGCUCUACCUGGGGAAUUUUGACCAAAACAUACACUUUGGCACAACUUUUCUCCCUGUGUGUCCAGCAGUUGACAGUUUUCGAAGAUCAUGAAAAAGUUUGCUAGAUUUCAAGGAAUGGGAUUGGGUGUGUAUGCUCUGAAGAACAUUUUGAAUAAGCUUUUUCACAGUUUCACAACCAUGUGAUAGAUCUUAAUGAACUGAAACUAUUCGGCCAUAAACUUGGUCUUAAAAACUUGCGUAUAAUUUUGUAGUCGAAUGUUCAUCGGCAGUGGGAAACAUUUCUUACGCAAUUUCUAACGACUAUUAAGUUUAUAUAUAUAUAAAUGUCAGUGCUAAUGUUUCUUUUUUCUGCAUACGUUAAAUGCACGUCAGUCUUUUCUUUUCAUUUUUGCUACUAAAAAAAUUUGAAAGUAUUUAAAGAACUCUCACCUUUCUUUGAACAAACCAGAUUGAAAAUGUGACAGAGAUUUACAUUUAUAUUACACACAUUUAAAAAGAGAAAAAAAAACAACAAAUUAUUUUGAAUCGUUCAAUAUUAGGCACUUGGUAUGCAUCGAUUUACUAUUUUUUAUUAUCAAAAGAAAAGCAAUUAAUGUAAAAUGAAAUUAGUUUUGUUUCAUUUCCCAAAAGAAAGAAAGAGACAGAAAAUUUUCAUACAAUUUGAACGAAUAUAUAUAGUUAUUUAUCGAAUAUCCUUGAGGGAGAGUGAAAAUGUUUGGUAAAUGUUUCCAAAAUUUAAUUAAGAUUUGCAUCGAAAUUUCUUGAUUACGAAAGAGAACGAGAAAAGGUACGCUCAAGUCAAGAUUCUCUCUGUGCAUCUCUGCCUGAUGAUAAGGACGCGGAGGAGGAAGAGGAGGUGGAAACAAGAAAAGUUACACUGUGACAAGUUUUGGAAGUCAUACGGUUCUAUAAGUUAUGUUUGUUUAGCAAAAAAAAAAAAAAAUGUCACCAAAUCAAUUCUUUGAUAGACACACCCACACCCACAAAUACACAUUCAAGCAUUAUAAUGACCACAUCAUACUAAAAACGGGGAAAAAAUGUUUUGUCGGCAUUUCACUCGCGAGCGCGAGCGCGCCAUAAAACUCAACCGAAAACCCUCUUUCGCUCGUAAUCUACUACACAUCAAUAUCAACAAGUUUUUAUCGCAUACUCGUCGUUUCGGUGUUUCUUCUCCCUUCUGUUUUGGAGAUAACGAACCAACAACAUGAGACCGAAAACAGCUAAGCAAAAAAAAACAACAAAAACAAAUCACAGCAUAUUUUAAAUAAAACGAAAUUAUACCAGAAAAAAACAACAACAAACUAAAUGCCAUAGAAUUGAUGUGACGGGAGCAAAAGAACAAAAAAAACAAACACACACAUAAACAAAAACACUCUAACCAACGGAAAAUUGUUUGACUUAAGUUGAUAUAAAAAAAAUUUAUUAGCGUAAUCCCAUAAAAAUGGCACAAUUAUCAAGUUUUCAUUACAAAAUGGUAUAGACAUUAAGUUUAUCAGCUGGCUUGACGAGGCCGAGUGGAGUGUGAGAAGGGGGGAGUAAAUGUGUAUGUGUGCUCUUCUUUCGAAUUUUGGAGCGCACUUCGUAGCGAUCAACUGACACACUGAGUAACUGGACCGCUCACUGACUCUAACUCAUUCACUCGUCAACAAUUUCGGCCAGCUGCUAAAUUUCAUGAUUAUUCGUAAUUACAAUUUAAGAUUUAAGUAAAUACUACACUCAAAUUUUAAGAAGAAGAAGAUGAUGACAAAAUAAAACACACACACAACCAAAAACCAGCAGAUGCGAACCAAAGUUAUGGAUAAGAAAUAAUAACUUUAUUGAUUAGGACUUAAUUGUAUUUAUCAAAAAUGCAUUUUUGUUGAAAGUGUUGCUGCCGCAAUCCAGUUGCAGUAGCAACCAAAUGCGAUCUGAAUGUACAACAUUUUCGAAGAAGAACCAGAAGAAGAAGCAGAAAAAAAAGUUUUCCAGCUUUUUUUUAAACCACAAAAACCACUUUAAAGUGAAACAAAAGUUGUUUUCGGUGUAAGUAGUCGCCAGUUCCGCUAAAAUCAUUGCCCGUUUGCUCCACAAAAUAGACACACACACACACACACACAUACGAACACUCACCCAUUUCGCUCACACAUUUCGCUCUUUAUUGAUCCAAGUUGCAGUUCCUCACUUUCUGCCCAUUCUGUAGUUUUCUUCAAAUCGCUUUUUACCCGUAUGUGUGUGUGUGUGCGUUACUUGUGUGCUGAACGAUGACUUCGCAUUCUGAAAUGGAGUACUUUAAAUCGCAUUUGAAAGAUAUUUUCUUCCGAAGCUACGUAACAUUAACAGAACAGAACAGAAACUGAAUAUUUAAAAAAAAAAAACACACACAACACGAUAUAUGAGAGAACAAACAUCUCGCAAAAACCAAAGAGAACAAAGAAAAAAAAAUAGUAAAAUUUGUCGAGAACAUGUCUACAAACUCGACCUAAUCGUACAAUUUGUCCUAAAUAAAAGUUUAAUGAAAUAAAGACAACAACAACAAAAAAAGCAGCAAAAACAGA